AUGGAAUCAGCCAAAACCCCAAGAGAUAUCAGCGAAGCACUUCUCAAUAGAUAUGCGGAGGAGCGGGACAAACGCCUGAAGCAUUCUGGAGUGAAACAAUAUGUCAACUUCCGAUCGCAAGGUCUCCAGGAUCUUGACAAAGACCCUUGGGUGGAUUACAAUGACCCGCGAGUCAACGACCCUCCGCUGAAAGACGGUACCAACAUCAAAUACCUCAUCACUGGUGCUGGUAUCAAUGGUGUCGUACUUGGGGGACGCCUUGUCGAGGCUGGCAUCAGUAGCAAGGAUGUUGUAUGUGUUGACAUUGCUGGAGGAUUUGGCGGCACGUGGUACUACAAUCGCUACCCUGGAGUCAUGUGCGAUGUCGAAGGCUAUUGCUACAUUCCUUUCCUUGAAGAAACAGGUUACCAACCUCGCCACAAAUACUCGUACGGCCAUGAGAUCAGACGCCAGAUCGAGCGAUGUGCCGAUCACUUCGGUAUCCGAGGCCAGUUCUGCACCAGCAUUGAUUCGCAGUCCUGGGAUGAGGAGAAGAAACUCUGGGUCGUCACCAUGACACGUAGCGUCGGAGCGCCGUCCACCUCAGAGACAUUCACCGUAUAUGCCGAUUUCGUCAUGAUUUCUGGUGCUCCUCUUACAGUACCAAAGAUGCCCUACCUUCCAGGGUUUGAAAAGCUUCAUCAGAAGAAACACGUGUUUCAUUCCGCUCGUUGGGACUACGAGUAUACCGGCGGGACUCAAGAGAAACCUGAUUUAGAAAAGCUCCAAGGAAAGCGUGUCGCUAUCAUUGGUACUGGGGCGACUGCAGUCCAGAUUGUACCUGAACUGGCAAAGUGGGCUGACCAUGUAUAUGUUGUGCAAAGGACAGCGACGCAUGUAGGGCCCCGCAACCAAACGGAGACCGAUCCACAGUAUUGGGCCAAGAUCACGAGCAAGAAAGGAUGGCAGAAGAAGCGAAGGUUAGUAUUUGAUGCAUACGUCAGCAACAGCAAGGGGUAUGGCCCUGAUUUGAUAAACGAUGGCUGGACGGCCACUCCAGCUGGGUCCGGCUUCCUGGGAUCCAAUUCAAGGGUUGUCGCCCCCAACGACGUCGAAGAACAUAUCAAGGACCUUCAUACGCUAGAUUUUCCACGCACCGAAUACCUGCGAAAACGCGUCGACGAGAUUGUUAAAGAAAAAAAUACUGCUGAGAAGUUGAAAGCAUGGUAUGGAAGUUGGUGCAAGCGGCCUUCCUUCCAUGAUGAAUACCUCCAGGCUUUCAAUAAGCCUAAUGUUACUUUGAUUGACACGGACGGCAAAGGUCUCGAUCGAUACACCGAAAAUGGUAUCCAGUACGACGGCAUCGAAUACGAUAUUGAUGCUCUUAUCCUAGCCACCGGAUUCACAGUUGAUCCAGACCUGGAUCCAUCUGAGAAGAGUCGUAUGGUUAUCAAAGGACGAGGAGGGCUUACGAUGAAGGAGUAUUGGCAUUUACCCGAUGCUGGAACCUUUUUGGGCUCCACAAUGCCUGGUUUUCCCAACCUUUUCGGCUACUUCAAUCGUGGUGCACCAGUUUCAUGGAAUCUUACGUCAACCAUGGAUAUGCUGGCUACGCUUGUUGCAAGCAUCAUAACCAAGGCACAAAAACAGGUUGGUCAAGGCCAACGAUUCGUUAUCGAAGCUUCGAAGGAGGCGGAACACGAGUAUGGUCUCGAAGUUGCGAAGAGAGCGGGCUGGUUCGCUGUAUUGCCUUCAUGCACACCCGGCUACUUCAACGGCGAAGCGCCGGAGCAUAGGACACUAGCUACUAGUCCCCUUAAGAGUAACCUACAUACACCAUCGAUGUACUGCUCUUCCUCCUUGGUAUUGUCGACUCACAAAAACCUCAAUCGAUCGCGCAUACUCAUGGACUUCGCAAUGGCCAGCGCUCCCAUUAUAGCUUUCGACUAUGACAUGUCACCCUAUGGCUACAAGACUAGAACCUUACUGGCUUCUAGCAAGAUGCCAUUUCAGCGCAGCCUUCAGCCCAUAGUGAUUCCUCGGCCGAUUUUGGAGAGCCUCUCAAUUACGUAUCGCCGCGUCCCGCUCCUUGCUAUCGGGAAAGACAUCUACUGCGACAGCUCGCUUAUCACAUCAACGCUCCAGGAGAAAUUCGAUAUUCUCCCGACCUCGCCCGCAGACAAAGCAUACGAAGCUUUUGGCAUCGCCCUUUUCGAAAGCGUCCUCAAAGUCAUACCUUCUGCGAUGCUAACACCAGAUGCCAUCAAAGACCGCAUCACAAUCUUCCAGAUACUCAAGCAUCCGGAUUAUGCCUCGCUAAGACCAAGUGGGUUAGCGGAAGUCCGAGGCAAGUUCCACAUCAUCGAGACUGAAUUCCUCGCCGGUCCGGGACAGUACAUAGGCGGCGACUCGUUCACGCUUGCUGACCUACACGCUGGAUUCGCGGUGGACUUCGCGCUGAAAGUGCAAGGUCUGAUUAACGAACCCGGCUUCAGUCAGCAUGAUUUUCCACGGAUAUACGAAUGGAUCUCCAAGUGGCCAAAGGCGGAGUUCGCGGAGAUGAGCCCAGAACAGGUGCACAAGACGAUUGAGAGUGCAAAUUACUCAGCGCAAGAGAUAGGUGUGGAUUCAAUGGACCCGAUUGGUAUUGCGGAGGGGACUGAGAUCACGGUGGAAAGCGCUGAUGCGGAUCCUGGUGCACAUCCACAAAAGGGGAAAUUGGUUGGACUUGAUGGAAAAGAGGCGGUAUUACAGCUGGAAAGUGGUGUGAGACUACACUUCCCAAGGGUAGGGUAUGUGAUGAAGGAGGCGAAGACUCGAUAA